CUGAAAAAUAUUUUAAAAGUCCAGAUCAGGAUCGGAUCUCAUCUAAUAUCCAUUGUAGUUGUUUGAUUCUCUCUUUGGCAAAGAAUUGUUGAGAAAACAAAAGAGGAAGAAAUAAGAGGAAAAAUGGCUGGUUCGCAGAGCGGAGAUUUGAAAAGGGAAGGAUGGUUGUAUAUAAUACGUUCCAAUCGGAUUGGAUUACAGUACUCGAGGAAACGCUACUUUGUUCUUGAAGAUCAUCUUCUUAACUGCUUCAAAUCCAUGCCCCUUUCAAAUCUCCAGGAACCGGGUAGAAGUGCAAUAAUUGAUUCCAGCAUUCGAGUUACAGACAAUGGGAGGGAGAGCAUUCACAGAAAAGUAUUUUUUAUAUUCACACUUUAUAAUAGUUCUAAUCACAAUGAUCAACUUAAGCUAGGAGCUAGUAGUCCUGAAGAAGCAGCAAGAUGGAUUCAUUCCUUCAAGGAAGCGGCCAUAAAGGGUGGUCCAUACCCUGGAAAUGAUGCAGCUUGUUCAAAGAGUAGAUGGCAGUCCUUCAGAUUUAGUCCCAGUAAUGCAAAUCACAGCAACUCUGUUGACUGGACUCUUUAUUCAUCUACAAAGACGGACAGAGUGACAUCUGAUGUUGUAGCACCAUCACCUUGGACAAUCUUUGGCUGUCAAAACGGUCUCAGACUGUUUAAAGAAGCUAAAGAUAGGACUUCUCAUGGAAAGUGGGACGACCAUCCUGCAAUUAUGGCUGUGGGAAUCGUAGACAGAACUUCAGAAGCCAUUUUCCAGACACUCAUGUCUCUUGGACCCUCAAGAUCAGAAUGGGACUUCUGUUUCUACAAGGGUAGUGUGAUCGAACAUCUUGAUGGUCAUACUGAUAUUGUUCACAAGCAGCUAUAUAGUGAUUGGUUGCCUUGGGGAAUGAAAAGAAGGGAUCUCUUGUUGCGGCGCUAUUGGAGAAGAGAAGAAGAUGGGACAUAUGUUAUUCUCUACCACUCGGUGUUUCACAAGAAGUGCCCCCAACAGAAAAGCUAUGUCCGUGCCAGCCUUAAAAGUGGUGGAUAUGUCAUAGCUCCAGUCACUGAGGGAAAACACUCGGUUGUUAAGCACAUGCUUGCAAUUGAUUGGAAAUUCUGGAAAUCAUAUCUUCAAACGUCUGCAGCCAGAUCUAUUACCAUUCGGAUGCUUGAGAGAGUUGCUGCAUUAAGAGAAUUAUUCAAAGCAAGACAAGGAAACUAUCCUUCUGCUGAUCUUUCAUCUGGAGAGUUGAUAUGGAAUGUUAGAUUGCAUCAGAGUGAAGAGGAAGGCAUGGUUGAUAUGUGUAAACGGAUAGAGGCUGGAAAAGCCAAGGAAAACAUGAUUGUAGCAAUGGAAAGGGCAACUUCAGAACACUCGAGUCUGGUAGGUCUUAAUGAUGCUGCCGAUGAAUUCUUUGAUGUUCCAGAAUCAACAGACUAUGAUCAAACAGAAAAUGGAUGGGCUUCUGACUUUGGCCCCGAGGUAUACUCUCAGGAUAUGCGCCAACCAAAGUUAUCAACAGCUGCUGUUUUUGUCAAAAAGAUACAUGAUCUUGCAGUCCAAAAGAGGGGCUAUAUGGACUUGCAAGACAUCACAAGGGAAGAUGGUAUAUGUUGCUCCUAUGGAAACACUCUUUCUAAGGAUCCAACUUGUACAUUGCCUUGCAGUUGGACAGAAGCAGAACCCACCACAUUUUUAAUUCGUUGGAAAAAUUACCUAGAAGAUCGAACAAAGUUUAAGGCAAAGGGAACGUUGAUGCAAAUGGUCGCAGCAGAUUGGUUAAGAUCGGACAAGCGAGAAGAUGAUCUAGGAGGGCGUCCUGGGGGCAUUGUUCAGAAAUAUGCUGCUCGUGGAGGGCCAGAGUUUUUCUUCAUUGUCAACAUACAGGUGCCAGGUUCAACUACAUAUAGUCUAGCACUAUAUUAUAUGAUGAGUACUCCUGUGGACGAAACACCCUUCCUACAGAACUUCGUCAAUGGGGAUGAUGCAUAUAGAAAUUCAAGGUUUAAGCUCAUUCCAUACAUAUCAAAGGGAUCAUGGAUAGUCAAGCAGAGUGUUGGAAAGAAAGCUUGUCUAAUUGGCCAAGCUCUGGAAAUUAAUUACUUCCAUGGGAAGAACUACUUGGAGCUUGGGAUUGACAUUGGGUCAUCAACAGUGGCAAGAGGCGUGGUCAAUCUUGUGCUUGGCUACCUCAACAAUCUGGUUAUCGAAAUGGCGUUUUUGGUACAGGCCAAUACCGAAGAUGAGCUCCCGGAAUACCUUCUUGGGACAUGCCGAUUGAAUCACCUGGAUGCUGCGAAAUCUAUUCCGGUAAAAGUAUGAUUAAUUCUGAAUCAGAUGUUUACUCACUAGCCUGGUUUAAGAAGCUUGGAUUUGACGAAGAAUAGCAAUAAAUCAUAUUAAUUACUGCAACAAGAAGUUUCAUUCUUUUAUUCAGUCAAAUGAGCAUAUAUUCCUA